AUGUUGGACCUCCUCCUGAAAAUCGUGAGCUUGGGUGGCUUACUGAGCGGCUUCUCCGUCUAUGGCCGCGUGAACUUGGCAGUGACGGUGCUGCUCUUGUACUACACCAAUGAGCGAUCCGUUCUCCAUCGCGAGAUCACUGAGAUGAUCUUUUGGGCGUGCAUGUACGGCUGGUUCGGCUUCAUCUUCAUAGGCUUGCACGACUCACCGCUCCUACAGCUUGGCGAGAUCAAGUCCGUCUUCGGCUGUCUCGCAGACAUUAUCAUUGUGCUGGUCUUCAGCCUUUUCGGCAUUUGGGCCCACACCUCGGCACAGACCGAACGGCUGCAAUCCUCCAUCCAGGAGCUGGAUCUCCAGAUGCUGGUGGAGAAGCCCUACGGCGAGACGGGGGCGGCCCGAUUCACGGUUUACUGUAUUCAGAACCUCAUCAGCCAGAGGAGCACAUCCUCUGGGCAGCUUCAGCGACUCGCAGGCCGAUUGCAAGAAGUCCUCACUGGUCGCAUGCACUGGCUGGAAGAGGAGGUACUGCAGGCUCUUGAGUCGUGCUGCCAUCGGACGGAUCCGAAGGACCCUCCGCAAGACCUGCUCUACGUGCUGAACUGUUCGGAAGUGGACUUGCCGCAGUUCCUGGCGUUGGCAGGGAGCGAAGCGGUCUUGAAGAUCUUGCGGGAGAACAUCCGGCACAUGGACACGGUAACCAAGACGCGAUUGGUGGAUGCGCUGCAGCGGCAGCACGACUUCUACGUGAUGCGCCUGCAGCAGGAGGUGGUGGUCGAACUCUUAGAGUCCACCACCGGCGAUGAGCUGCGCAUGAUGAAGGACGUCUUAGACGAGGGCGGGGAUUUCUACAACCUGCACAAGCUCGUCUUUCACGACCUUGAUCCCGAGAUGUACGAGCGAGCACUCAGACACAUUCAGAAGGAGGGUCGGCGCAUGGCGAAGCAGUACGCACCGCAUAAGGCUCCGAUCAAGAUUAUCAGCGAUGUGGACGACACGCUCUAUGGGAGUGGCGGCCAUUUCCCCGCCGGCUGCGAUGAGCGCUUUCCGAAAAGCCAGGUCUAUCCAGGGGUUCUAGCGCUGUUUAAAGAGAUCACGGCCGAGCGUACCAUGAAGCAGAAGGAGAAAGUGCCCAAGGGAGAGGAGGACGACAACGAGCAGCAAAGCUUCAGUGUUUUGCGGCUGCUGGGCUACCGGGUACACAACAACACUAACCCAGUGUGGAUUCGCGCUCCCGGCCGGCAGUGGAAGGAGAUUUCCGUGUCCGACUCCGAAACCGUGGCGCAGCUUCAGGAGCGGGUGGCUCGAUCCAGGGAUGCCGGCGACCUCUCAUUGCUGGGCGAGGGUGAUGUUUGCUUCCAUCCUCCACAGCUCCGAGUUUGGUCGAACUUGGUGUUCCUGUCGGCUCGACCGCAUGCUUACAAGGAUUACCUGGAGAGCAAGUCGUAUCAGCUCUUCCGGCGCCUCCGGAAGAGCGGGAAAAUGCGCCACCGACUGGUCGAGACAGUGAAGUUGGCCCAGCAGCUUUCAGAUGCAAACGAGAAGGAUUGCGACCUUCACCUCAGGAGGCACACGGAGCCUCUUGCGAUUUGUGUGGGGGGCGUCGUCGCGUGGUCUGAUGCGAGCCGAGGUGUCGUUCGGUCUGGCUCCGAUCGCGGGAAGCGUGCCGUGGCAGGCGCAACGGCGAAGGUGUCGACGAUCAUGGUGGAAAAGGACCGCGCGGCGGUGGCGCGCGAGGAAACGGUGCUCGAUCGAUUUAUGGCCCCAUGGGUUGUCAUGGGCCGGGACAUCUACGCAUGUGGGCGAGAUCUACUAAAUGCUGUCCUCGCGUACACCGAAGUGGGCGAGGGCGAAGCGUUGAAGGUGUUUGGCUUUCAAGAUCCCGCCAGCCUCAAGUGGCAUUCGCGAUGCUGUGAUGACGAGGAGGAUGACGACUCCGUUGGUGCACCCCUUGUGCUUCGAGUGGGGCACGAGCUGGCGGUUCUUUCUGCACUGCUGUCGAUUGCUGGUGGGAUGCCGGCUGUGGAUCCAGGGCUGCUUCUUGCCAGUGCCAAUCUCGGUCCCUUUACUGGCACGACGUAUACGCUGAGUGUCCUGGCCACAUCGGUACUUACGAUGAGCGUCCCCGCUCUUCUACAGAGGCAUCCGGAGGUUCGUCAGCGCAAGGGCUUCCGGGCUGCUGCGGCGGCUGCUGCGACGGCAGCGGCGGGACAGAUAGCAUUUAUGACGCUGUCGCUGACGCCCAGCAUCGCCUUCGCAAAUAUGCUGCCUGGGGUCACGGUUAGCGACUUCAUGCAGCCCAUGCAGAACCCGUUCAUGGUGGUGCAUCUCAUCGGUCACUCGCUGAAUCUGCCGCUGAUGAAUUUGACGCUGGGCAGGCUAGCGGGCAGAAGUGUGGCCGAUAUGAGCACCUGCCACUAUUCCACAGCGCUGUAUAGCAUCUCAGUCAUCCUCUCGGCGGCGACGAAGGAAGCCUACUUCCGCUGGCCUCUGCUCAUCCUCGGUGGCCUCUGCCUGAAGAAGGGGCUCGCCGACCUCGAGGAAGUGUCGAAAUUCGUCGAAACGCUGGCCCCGCGCAACCCCACUACACAAGUGUGGACGCAGAAGCACAAGAUCUGCGUUGGUCUCUUCGUCUGCCAGGCAUCUUUGUAUCCCACGAUCCAGUCCCUGGGAUACAUGGAUGUCCUUUCCAUGGCGUCCGUGCAAAGCAUCUGGACCCUCAUGGACGUUUUCCUGACGAGCGGCAUCGCGUUCCUCUCUCUCAAGGAGAGUGCUCACGUGGUGAAGUCUGAGGAGUUCAUGGCACGCAAAGAGCGUGUUGAGCACCUCCAUGAGGUUGUGGACAGCACCGUCGAUGCUCAUGCUCGCAGGUAA